AUGAUCCAAAGUCAUCAGACCUUAAAUCUGGUCGAGGCCAGUAUCAAUGAUCUCCUCCACGCUCUGGAUAUUCGUGCAAUUACAAGCGUCCAACUCGUCUCGCUCUACCUCCAUCGGAUCGGAUACUACGACUGCCGAGGGCCAUCACUGAACUCCGUCUGUGUUCUCAAUCCGAAUGUUUUCGAAGACGCACAGCAAUCAGAUGAUCAUCGAGCCAGUGGGCGCCCACCUAGACCUCUAGAAGGGAUUCCAUUCACUGUCAAAGACAGUUUCAUGGUCAGAGACAUGACCGUUGCAGCAGGCUCGCCUGCCUUUGCCGACCUGGUGGCCUCGGAGGAUGCGGCCAUAGUUGCCCUGUUGCGGGAUGCCGGAGCUGUGAUAAUGGGCAAGACGAAUAUGCCAGCAAUGGCGGACGGGGGAGGGCAGCGAGGUCUUUACGGGAGGGCCGAAAGCCCGUACAACCCCCGCUAUUCCACCACGGCAUAUGCAUCUGGUUCUUCGAAUGGCUGCGGUACGUCAACCACGGCAAGCUUCGCUGCUUUUGGAUUUGCCGGGGAAACUGUCUCUUCGGGCCGUUCGCCGGCGUCGAACAAUGCGUUGGUUGGAUAUUCGCCUUCCCGUGGAGUGAUCCCGAACAGAGGCCAGUGGCCACUUUAUCCGACAUGCGAUGUGAUUGUUCCGCAUACACGCUCAGUCGAGGAUUUAUUCGCUGUUCUUAAUGUCAUUAUCGCGGACGAUCAGCACGGCGCCCGAGGUAUUGAUUUCUGGCGGAACCAGAACUUUGUCCCCAUCCCGGAAGCUUCGAGCAACCGCCCAAGCGAUUAUUAUACUCUGGCGGACCCUAGCGCAUUGUCAGGAAAACGCAUUGCCGUUCCAAAAUGCUUCAUUGGUGCACCAGGCUCGAAGCCACCCCAUGUCUGUAUCGAGCCGGUGCGAAAACUGUGGGAAAGAGCUAGAGCUACCAUCGUAUCUCUCGGCGCGACAGUGAUUGGGACAGAUCUUCCUCUUCUUGAGAUGUACAUGAAGCAGAAUUUCCCAGGCCAAGGCUGCAACGUACCUGGGAUGCCCAGUAGCUGGAUGGACAUCGAACGGUGCGAGAGAUCUGCUCCUGUUUCCUUUGUUGGUGACAAAUCGAAGUGGGAAGCUAGUAUGUUCCGGCCUCAGAUCAGCGAGAAGUAUCCGACAAUCGCGAGGGUGCCAAAGGAUUUUUUUCUUGUUGUCAUCAUCGCUGCUUUGGAGAAUGGAAGGACUGCAGCCUCCAUGCUGCUGAUAGAUUAG